ACAAUGAUAGCAGUAGCCACCACAAUUGGUAAUAGUAUAUACGAACCAGAUGACCCAAUCUUUCAAAAUCUUCAUAACCGUUAGGACUAAAUCCAAGAAAUGAAACCCCAACCUUAGGAUCAAACCUAAUUCUUGAAAAUUUCAAUUCCUGGAGAAACCCUAGAAAUCUAACCGUAAUCUCUUGGAGAAAACCUAGAAAAGAAACUUAUUUUCUUCAAAAUCUAUAUAUUUAUAGUAGAAACCCUAGAAAUCAAAAGCAAUGGACACUCAUUCAUCUCACUUAGCAGCACCAGUUCGUUCUCGGAGCUCACAGUCACCGUCACCGUCCCACUCCGCCUCGGCCUCCGCCACCUCCUCUAUCCACAAGCGCAAGCUUGCGGCGGACGACCAAGCACCGCCCUUCCCCUCCUUCUCCGACACCCGCGACGGUGCCCUAACCUCCAACGACGAACUUGAGAGCAUCAGCGCCCGUGGCGCCGAAUCGGAUUCGGACGACGAGUCCGAGGAGGUCGUCGAUGACGACGAGUCCGAAUAUGACGACUCCAUGCGGACCUUCACGGCGUCUCGGUUGGAGAAUGCGGCUGUGCCUGCGAGAAACACGAAGCUCAAGACUGAGAACUCGGUGAAGAUUGAGCCUACGGAGGUUGGGAAAGAAGGCGGCAGUGCAGGUUUGGGCGCUUCUGUCGCACCAGCAGUUGCAGGUUUGGUUCCGGGGAUUGUGGCCAAGGAAGAUACUGUGAAGAAUAUAUUUACAGAUAAUAUACAGACUAGUGGGGCUUACAGUGCUAGGGAAGAGAGUUUGAAGAGAGAGGGUGUUGCUUUUAACUACCCAAAGGAUGUUUUAAAGUCUUGGCAUGUAAACGACAUCUUAAAACAUUCUCUAGAGGAAGCAGGUAGACUCAAGUUUGUAUGCGUUUCAAAUGAUGGUAUUAAUGACCAUAUGGUUUGGUUGAUAGGAUUGAAGAAUAUAUUUGCCAAGCAGCUACCUAACAUGCCUAAGGAAUACAUUGUUCGUCUUGUCAUGGACAGGACCCAUAAAUCUGUAAUGGUUAUAAGGCGUAAUCAGGUUGUCGGUGGAAUAACAUACCGCCCUUAUGUUACCCAAAAGUUUGGGGAGAUAGCUUUUUGUGCAAUCACAGCAGAUGAACAAGUAAAAGGUUAUGGUACCAGAUUGAUGAAUCACUUAAAGCAGCAUGCACGUGAUGUUGAUGGGCUAACUCAUUUUUUAACUUAUGCUGACAAUAACGCUGUUGGUUAUUUUAUAAAGCAGGGUUUUACAAAAGAAAUAAACUUGGAGAAAGAACGGUGGCAUGGAUAUAUUAAAGAUUAUGAUGGAGGGAUCCUUAUGGAAUGCAAAAUUGAUCCAAAGCUUCCAUACACUGAUUUGUCAACUAUGAUUCGGAGACAGAGGCAGGCAAUUGAUGAAAAGAUCAGGGAGCUCUCAAAUUGUCAUAUUAUCUACUCUGGAAUUGAUUUUCAGAAGAAAGAAGCUGGUAUUCCCAAAAAAAUCAUCAAAGUUGAAGAUAUUCCCGGAUUGAGGGAGGCUGGGUGGACGCCUGAUCAAUAUGGCCAUUCACGGUUUAAGACAGCAAGUGCUUCUGUGGACAUUUUCUCAAAUCAAAAAUCGUUGACUGCAUUCAUGCGCUCUCUUUUAAAGGUAAUGCAUGACCAUCCUGAUGCUUGGCCAUUCAAGGAACCAGUGGAUGCACGAGAUGUGCCCGACUACUAUGACAUCAUUAAAGAUCCCAUGGAUUUGAAAACAAUGUCGAAGCGAGUAGAGUCAGAGCAAUAUUACGUGACCUUUGAUAUGUUCGUUGCAGAUGUCCGGAGGAUGUUUGCUAAUGCACGAACUUACAACUCCCCUGAAACCAUAUAUUAUAAAUGUGCAACCAGGCUGGAAACCCAUUUCUCUGGUAAAGUUCAAUCAGGUCUCCAAUCUGGUACCAAAAUUCAACACUGAUGAACUCGUACAUUUAUUGAAGAGCAUAGCACAUUUAGGGAUCACUACUCUCUUAAUUUAACUUAUGACUGUUACCCUUUCAAAGUAAAUUUGGCUGGGCGGUUCACAUUGUUGCAUGAGUUGUGGUGGUUAUAUUUUCAACCGUGAUGUCUUUAGUGGUAAUCGAGCAUCUGCAUAUUUUCAAUCUUGUAUUAAUAAAUUCAAUGCAUAAUUAUGGCAAAGUCUCAAGGGAGAUUGACACAUUUUAUCCUA